CUGCUUGCUCAUAGAGAGAUAAUCCCGUACCAGCAGCUCAAACAAUCUGCAUGGAGAUGGAGAACCAAAACAAACGACGUGACAUCAGCAGCGAUGAUCUGAUAGGCGAACGCACUGGAGAACUUGGCUGCUGUGGCUGGGUCCUGGUCAUUGUCUCAUUCUUGUUUGCACUACUGACAUUUCCAAUUUCUAUAUUCAUGUGUGUUAAGAUUGUUCAGGAAUAUGAGCGUGCGGUCAUAUUCAGACUGGGCCGCAUCACGGACAAGAAGGCCAAGGGGCCAGGCAUCUUCUUUGUCCUGCCCUGCACUGACACCUUUGUCAAGGUGGACAUGAGAACUGUGUCAUUCGACAUCCCGCCCCAAGAGAUCCUGACCAAAGAUUCAGUGACUGUCUCUGUGGACGGUGUUGUGUACUUCCGGGUCAGCUGUCCCAUCUCCUCCGUGGCCAACGUGUCCAACGCGGACUUCUCCACCCGACUGCUGGCACAGACCACCCUGAGGAACGUUCUGGGCACUAAGAACCUGUCAGAGCUGCUGUCGGACCGGGAGGGAAUCUCACACAGCAUGCAGGCGUCCCUGGAUGACGCGACCGACCCCUGGGGCAUCAAAGUGGAGCGGGUGGAGAUCAAGGACGUCAAGCUGCCCCACCAGCUCCAGAGGGCCAUGGCUGCCGAGGCUGAGGCCUCGCGGGAGGCCAGAGCCAAGGUGAUUGCGGCCGAGGGCGAGAUGAACGCGUCCCGGGCCCUGAAGGAGGCGUCGCUGGUGAUCGCCGAGUCGCCCUCCGCCCUGCAGCUGCGCUACCUGCAGACCCUCAACACCAUCGCCGCCGAGAAGAACUCCACCAUCAUCUUCCCCCUGCCCAUGGACGUCCUGUCCCACUUCAUGUACAAGAAGUGAGAGGCCACGCCCGGAAAUGACCCAACCCCCUUCCGCGCAAAACCUCACUGAACAGCACCAUAACCGCACAGUGGCAGAUUAUCAAUCUGGACUAAUCCAGUCACCAUACUCAAGCAGGGUCCCAGUGGCUGCCAGGAUGCGUGUCAUCAAAUCCAGCUCCAGUCAACCUCAACCUAUUUCGAUUUAUUUUCAUCUUAAUUGGCAUACAAAAUUUGGAGAGAAAAAAUUAUACAAAUUGAAUAAUUAAAGCGAAUGUUCCCAUUGAAGUAUUCAUUAAAAAAUUUAUGUUAAGAUAUUUGCAUGAUCUUUCUGGAUUGCAAAGCAAAUGUGUCAUUCCUUGUUGUGCAGCACAUAAUUUUAGAUGCUGAGGUAACUAACUCUCCUGUUUGGAGAAAGGAGAAAGGACACAACAAAAAAUUACACAUAAAAAUAUUAUGCAAGUUUUGGUCAAAUGACCACCUUUAAGCUGAGUAAGGCUUGACUGAAGUUAUUUGACUGAAGCAUUGUUUCAAUUCUUAUUGAAAUAGUUAUAUUAAAAUUGUGUUUCAUCCUUUUCCUUUGUUUAAUGAAAAUGUGAACACGGUUGGCUAUAUCCUGUGAAUUCAUGGUUAUUUUAUUUUUUGUUGAUCUAAUUAUAUGUGAAAAAUGUUUAUAUAUUGCUCCAAUACUUUGUAAAUUGUAUUUUGUGAUACAUGCCAAUACUAAUAUAAACAAGACUUAAAUGCAUA